UCAUGCCAUUUCAUGUCGAUUUAUUUACGCAUUGAUCGUUAUAUGCAGCGAUCUGUACUACAGUUUCGAUAGGAAGAUUAUAGAAACAUAUAUCGAUCAUGGCGACGAAAGAGAACACGAAAGACAACAGAAACCAAGGGAAUACUAUGCAGAUUCUGAUCAUCGCUGGCUUAUGUGGUUGCUUCUUUUUAUUCGGUGCAUGGCGACGAGGUGGUUCUGGAAAAGGAGACCGUAUAGCCGCCGAGAUUACCGAACACACAGAUUGCACCAUUAUCCCUGACUUAAAUUACGAGACCCAUCGUGAUACUGCUGCGUCGUCGACUACCAUACCCGCAGAUGAUUCUGAAACAGCCAUCAAAAAGUUCGAGCCCUGUGAGGAUCGUUAUAGUGAUUUCACGCCCUGUCAUGAUCAAACUCGAGCCAUGACAUUCCCGCGAGAGAACAUGAAUUACAGAGAAAGGCAUUGCUACCCUCCAGAAGAAAAGCUUCAUUGUCUCAUACCUGCACCCAAAGGAUAUGCGACGCCGUUUCCAUGGCCUAAGAGUCGUGAUUAUGUGCCGUAUGCCAAUGCGCCUUAUAAGAGCCUCACGAUUGAGAAGGCUGUGCAGAAUUGGAUUCAGUAUGAAGGUAACGUGUUCAGGUUUCCCGGUGGAGGAACGCAGUUUCCUGAAGGAGCCGAUGCGUAUAUUGAUAAACUUGUUUCUGUCAUACCCAUUUCCAAUGGCAUGGUUAGAACUGCUCUAGAUACUGGUUGUGGGGUUGCUAGUUUGGGUGCGUACUUGUUUAAGAAGAAUGUGAUUACGAUGUCAAUUGCACCUAGGGACUCUCAUGAAGCGCAAGUUCAAUUUGCUUUGGAAAGAGGUGUUCCGGCGAUCAUUGGAGUUAUAGGAACCAUAAAGCUACCUUUCCCUGCUGGAUCAUAUGACAUGGCUCACUGUUCCAGGUGUUUGAUUCCAUGGGGUGGAAAUGAUGGAAUGUACAUGAUGGAAGUGGAUCGAGUUCUUAGGCCCGGUGGUUACUGGGUUCUUUCUGGUCCUCCAAUAAACUGGAAGAAUAACCAUCAAGCAUGGCAGCGUCCUGCAGAAGAACUUGAAGAGGAGCAGAGGAAGAUUGAAGAAAUGGCUAAACUUCUCUGCUGGGAAAAGAAACACGAAAUGGGUGAAAUUGCUAUAUGGAGAAAGAGACUAAAUUCUGAUGAGUGUCGUCGACAAAGUUCUCAGCCAACAAUAUGUGAAUCUUCACCCGAUGUCUGGUACAAGACGAUGGAGAAGUGUGUGACUCCUUCUCCUAAAGGCAGUGAUUCGUGGAAGCCAUUCCCAGAGAGGCUCAAUGCUGUUCCUGCCAGAAUAUCCAGUGGGUCACUUGAUGGUGUAUCUGUGGAAAUGUACAAUGAAGACAAAAGAAUAUGGAAGAAGCAUGUUCAGGCUUACAAACAAAUUAAUAAAAUCAUUGACUCAGGUAGGUAUAGAAACAUCAUGGACAUGAACGCUGGCCUAGGAAGUUUUGCUGCUGCCCUUGAAUCUCCCAAAUUGUGGGUCAUGAACGUUGUCCCUACAAUUGCUGAGAAAGAUACCCUGGGCGUUAUAUUUGAGCGUGGAUUGAUUGGCAUUUAUCAUGAUUGGUGUGAAGCCUUCUCCACAUAUCCAAGAACAUAUGAUCUUAUCCAUGCAAAUGGCGUUUUCAGCUUGUACAAGGAUAAGUGCAGUGCAGAAGAGAUAUUGCUAGAGAUGGACCGCAUACUAAGGCCAGAAGGAGCAGUAAUAUUCAGAGAUAAUGUGAAUGUGCUAAUACAAGUGAGAAAACUAGUGAAAGGGAUGAGAUGGAAUGCCCAGAUGGUAGAUCAUGAGGAUGGCCCUCAUGUUUCAGAGAAGGUGCUGUUUGCUGUGAAACAGUAUUGGGUUGUAGGUGACAAUUGAGCCCUCCAUCACUAUGGUGAUGGCUCAAAUAAAAGAAUGCAUGGUUCCACAAUGAGAGCUUACUUGUUCAUCACAAGCAAGAGGAGCCAGGACAUAGAAUUGUCCAUGGCCAUUUCUUGAGGGUCUAUAGAUAUUAGUCAUCAGGUUUGUUUCAAGAUCUUUGAAGUGUCUACAGUUUUUGAUUCUUAGGUUGGAUUGGAGCUGGGUUUGGCUUCAUUUUGCUUAUUGCCUUAAUGUGUUAGAUGUCAAGUGACAUUUGCAUUUAAUUCCAAUAGAUGUGAAAGUGAAUUUCUCUUUUGAUUUUU